GUUUGAUCUGACCGACCGACUCUCCAACGACGACAACGACCCAUCCUCUCACCUCGCCCCCCUUUCCAGUUCACCUUCGAUUCCCGCUCGAGGUACAAAGUCGCAAAAAUGGGUGGUGUCACCGUUCGCGAUGUGGACGCGCAGAAGUUCAUUGCUGCUUACUCUGCGUUCUUGAAGCGUCAGGGCAAGCUCCCCAUCCCUGGCUGGGUUGACACUGUCAAGACCUCUUGCUCCAACGAGCUCCCUCCCCAGGACGCUGACUGGUACUACGUUCGUGCCGCUGCCGUCGCCCGUCACAUCUACCUCCGCAAGACCGUUGGUGUUGGCCGCCUCCGCAAGGUCCACGGCUCCGUCAAGAACCGUGGCUCCCGCCCCAACCACCACGUCGAUGCCUCCGGCUCCGUUGACCGCAAGGUCAUCCAGUCCCUCGAGAAGAUCGGUGUCCUCGAGCACGACGAGGACAAGGGUGGCCGUCGCAUUACCCAGUCCGGCCAGCGUGAUCUUGACCGUAUCGCCAAGACCACCGUUGACGAUGAGGAGGACGAGGAGUAAAUUAGUCUCCGAUUAAAAUAAUGAAAAAGUCCUGAUGUGUUCCGCCUUGCCUCUUUUUCCUUAUUUUUUUCCCUCUCGCUUUUAAGCCUCCGAGAGAAAAAUCGGGUGAAAAACGGUCGAGUACGCUUCGUCGGCAUGGAUCGAGUGGGAUUGAUGGCUAUGGACUCAGGGAGAGGAAUGAAGUUUCUUUAUUGUUGCAUAUUACAAUGUUCAAUUUCCUGAUGACUCGGGGGCCUACUACGGAGAAUCUACCAACCUUUGACUACCCAAAGACAUCCCAUCUCUCUGCUUGUUUCACAACAUAUUACCUCGUCCUCAGCCGACUCGACAGCAUCUCCUGUUUCCCCCAGAUCCAAAAUAGAGAGCACGUGUGAUAUCAACUUGAUGGAUUCAAGUAUUGGC